UAAGGGCAUAACAGAGUGUGAGGGGGUGGUGCUGGGAGAUGUAAAUUGUUUGUAAAACGGCCUUGCCUUGGCGUCCAGGAAAAAGUUUAACUAAAACUAGCAUAUCGAAGUAUGUGUUAAGCUGAGACACAAGCAAUCCACAAUGCGACGCUCCGUAAGCGAAACCGAACAUUCCGAAUCGGAUCUGUCCUCCGGCGCCACAACGGAGAGCAAUUCCAGCGACUGCGAGCAGGAGGAUAGACACCACAGCAGCAGAGCUACCCUCCUCGACCCCAGCGCCAGGCGAGACAAUGUCAUGUUGCCCAGACCCUGGGCGUCGAGUGGCGGCUGGAUGUGCUUCCUGGUGCCGCUGGCCUUGGCGUCGCGCUUUCUGAACGCUCCACCCUGCAAGGAGCAGGUGCACCUCCACCUGAUGCUGACGGUGACCGCCGCUGGGAUGUGCGUGGAGACACUCUGCUUCUUCGUGUACUUCUUCGCGGACACGAGCAUACUGGCCAAGUGCAUCAUCAGCCUGCUGCCGGGAACAUUCACGACGCUCGGGUUUGGCCUCUGCCUGGGCACCUCCUGGCUGUUUGCCGUCGUCGCGGGCUUCCUCAUGAUGGCUGGCUACCAGCACUUUUACGUCUGCAUGAUGCGUGGCUUCUCGCGCUGCUUCACCUAUGGCGAGGCUUCCAUUCUGUUCCAAGGUCUGAUGCUGUUCGUGGUGAGCGUCAUUUAUCGCCUCUACGACCUGUGCUCCGCGGAUGCCAAGACCCUUGGUGACUUUGACCGACUCAAUCUGAUAAUGCUGAACGCCUUGAUGUGGCUGCUCGUUCUCUGCCUGCUGGUGAUCAUGGUGCCACGGCUGCGUGGGCCCAUUCCCUUCUACCUGUUGCUGGGCCUCCUCAUAGUGGCGGUCACCUGUGCUCCCGUCACCAGUCCGCUGCCUAUUGUGGCGCUGCUUCAGUUCAUUUUCAGGGACCCCAAGCGACUGCAGAUCAUCGGCUUCUACCUGGUGCUCGUUGUCCUCACCGGAGCCACCGUCACCUGGCAGCUGCGCCACUCUGUUCAAGCCAACACCCGAGUCCGCAAGAUAUUCCACCUGUUGAUCGUGCUCGUCUUUGUCCCGGGAGUGCUCUUCCAGUGCGCUCUGCUCUACUUGGCCACGGGCAUAGCCCUGGCGGCGUUUGUGGUCCUGGAGCUGGUGCGCCUGCUGGAGAUUCCUCCAUUUUCCGAAAGGCUGACUGAGGCAUUCCACUCGUUCCGGGAUGAAAAAGACGCUGGGGCUCUGGCGCUGACCCCGUUCUGCCUGCUGAUUGGAUGUUCCAUGCCCCUCUGGCUGACUCCGUGCCCCUGCUCCGGAAACGAUACUCUGCUCCUGCUCUCGGGCAUCCUGGCGGUGGGCGUGGGCGACACCGCGGCCAGUGUGGUGGGCUCCAAGCUGGGACGCAACAUGUGGGGAAACUCCUCACGCUCCCUGGAGGGCACCAUCGCCUUCGUGGUGGCCAUCCUGCUGUCCGUCUGGCUGCUGGAGGCGACUGGUCUGCUGGCCAUGACCCAGGCCAAGUGGUUCGCCACCAUUUUCGCGGCCAUCAACUCGGCCUUGGUGGAGGCCUUCACCGAUCAGGUGGACAAUCUGGUGCUGCCUCUAGUCUUCUACAUACUCGUUGGCCUGGCCUGAUUCUGAUCUGUGACACAUUCCUCCCCCCCCAGUGUGAAUCCAAUAAAUACUCUUCGGUGUCUAUUAGCGAUAAUAUUGUAGAAUUGAUGUCUGAAUUCAGAACAUUUCAUUGAUGUAAUAUACGUACAUACAUUCAUA